AUGAAUUUCAUGAAAGAGGACAUGUAUCGACUUUUAGCAAAGCUUCGACCAAAUGCAGUUUCUCUUGUAGACUCGUGGGAUAUCUCUGAUCAUGAGUUAAGAUCGGUGUUGGGACGACGAGAUGGUCAUGUGUACGAAAAUUUGUACAAAUGGGCUCAAGAGAGCGAACUUAACCGGACUCAGGUACUUCCAACAUUCGAAAAAUACCUCAAGCCAAUGAUGAUGGAAGCCCGUAAACAAAGUAAACUGUAG